UGUAUCGGUGAAUGAGUUCCGGUCGUGUAUGUGGGUGAAAGGUCGCUCCCCGCUCAAACAACUCGAUCUGUCAUUGACCUGAAUCACAUUUAUUCCUCGAUCUGUCAUUGAUCUGAAUCGCAUUUAUUUCUCGAUCGAUCAGAGAAUCGUUCAGUGAAUCAUGUCGAAGCAGCAGCCGAUCAGUCCGCUCAAGAAUUUCUUCGCCGGUGGAUUCGGGGGAGUUUGUUUAGUGUUCGCUGGACACCCGCUGGACACUAUUAAAGUGCGACUUCAGACACAAACAAAACCACGUCCAGGUGAAUCUGUGUUUUACACCGGAACAUUGGACUGCUUCAAAAAAACCCUUGCAAAGGAGGGUGUUCGUGGGCUGUAUAAGGGGAUGGCGGCCCCCAUCAUCGGUGUCACACCCAUGUUUGCCGUUUGUUUUUUUGGUUUUGGACUCGGCAAAAAACUGCAGCAGAAAACACCAGACGACAUUCUGACUUACCCGCAGUUGUUUGCAGCUGGUAUGCUGUCAGGUGUGUUCACGACGGCCAUUAUGGCUCCAGGAGAGAGAAUCAAAUGUCUCCUGCAGAUUCAGGCAGCGUCAGGAGAGGUGAAGUACGCCGGGCCAAUGGACUGCGUCAAGCAGAUUUACAGAGAUAGUGGCAUCCGUGGCAUUUAUAAAGGAACGGCGCUGACGCUUAUGAGAGAUGUGCCAGCUAGUGGAAUGUACUUCAUGACCUAUGAGUGGCUGAAACACAUUCUCACACCAGAGGGCAAAAGUCCGACAGAGUUGAGUGUUCCGAGUAUUCUGUUUGCCGGUGGAAUGGCAGGAAUCUUUAACUGGGCCGUUGCGAUUCCACCUGACGUGCUGAAGUCUCGCUUUCAGACAGCUCCUGAGGGCAAAUAUCCUAAUGGCUUCCGGGACGUCCUGAGAGAGUUGAUUCGGGAGGAGGGUAUCGGGUCACUCUAUAAAGGAUUUAAUGCCGUGAUGCUCCGAGCGUUCCCAGCUAAUGCAGCCUGUUUUCUGGGGUUUGAAGUGGCUAUGAAGUUUCUGAAUUGGAUGGCUCCAAAUCUGUGAUCCAGAUGACAAAAUCUAUAGCCAGAUGUGAUCAGAAGACACAUACAUGUACGAAUCAACACGGGACAGUCUCACUGCUUUGAUUUAUUUGAAGGGUUUUUUUAAUAGAUUUUUUUAAUAGUAGCAGAUGUGCCUUAAAUCAGCCUAUCAAGCAAUUUCUGCCUCCAGGAACCUGAAUGUUUAUAAUGUAAAAUUACACCCAAUAUCAAACAUGUGUUUGUACAUAGUAUGAGUGAAUGUACAUUAACAUAUCCGUUUACAUGGUGUCAAGGCCUUUAUGUCAUCUUUAAACCACAUGAAUCAAGUACACAGUCACAAGUUAAUACAUUUUUGUUGAUUUAUUUUGUUCAUUGUGUUUUAAUUUUCAUAAAUUGAUGUUGACUACAUGUACAUAAAUGUAUAUUGAGGAUGAUAGUUGCGCAUCCUCACGUCAACUUGUGAAUUUCCCUUUACACUGACUCUUUGUCCAUAUGGUUUAAACUAAAGUAAAACAUACUGGUUAAUUAUGUUCUACAGAAAUAGAUGAAUAAAAUGGUGUAAAUCCAUUCAUGACAAUAAGGACAGUCGAUAUUUUCUGCUCUGAUGGAAACUGUCGAUCCAUCACGAGUCGAUGAUUCUGCGCUCAGGGAUAAAGAGAAAACAGGAUUACAGACAGAUUCAAAAACAUUUAAAGAAAAACUUGUAUAGUUUGUCAGGUGUACAGAUGUGUAAAUGUUUUGUUCAUGUUUGUUAUUGAUUUGUGAUGAAUCUUCCACCGGUAGAUGUUUUGAGGAACAUUAGAUUUGUGCGGGUUUCAACAUGAGUGUGGACUUUUAGUGUGGUCUAGAGCAGUGUUUCCUAACAUCUGCCACGGCACACCUCUAUCCCACAUAACCAUCAUCGAUAGUUUUUCUUUUCAAGAACUUCAUGUUUUCUGUCCGUCUUAGUUGCGUGUUUACUUGUAAUGUUUAAAAUUCGGAGGGGUCCUGGGUAUCUCAGUGAGUACUGACACUGACUAUCACACCUGGAGUUCGUGAGUUUGAAUCCAGGGUGUGCUGAGUGACUCCAGCCAGGUCUCCUAAGCAACCAAAUUGGCCCGGUUGCUAGGGAGGGUAGAGUCACAUGGGGUAACCUCCUCAUGGUCGUGAUUAGUGGUUCUCGCUCUCAGUGGGGUGUGUGGUGAGGUGUGCGUGGAUGCCGCGGAGAAUAGCGUGAAGCCUCCACACACACUACGUCUCCACGGUAACUCGCUCAAGUCACGUGAUAAGAUGCGCGGAUUGACGGUCUCAGAUGUGGAGGCAACUGAGAUUCGUCCUCCACCACCCGGAUUCGAGUCACUACACCACCACGAGGACUUAGAGCGCAUUGGGAAUGGGCAUUCCACAUUUGGGAGAGAAGGGGAUAAAAAAAAAAAAGUUUAAAAUUUGGCUAUGCAAAAAACACGUCACGUAUACUGUAUAAUGAGGUCAAAGCUGACGAGUGAUCACUGAUGAUGCUUCUUUUCUAAUUUGUAGAUUUGUUCUUGCAAUGCCACAGCAAAUACAUUUAUUAUUUAUGUAUUUAUUUACAGGGCUUCAGACUAAUAUUUAAAGAUUUUACCCAGAAGGAAAGUUUUAGUGUGUCUUACAGUUUUAACUAGGAUUUGCAAUAAUGAGAUCAUAGUGAAGUAAAAGUAAAACAUGAUUAGGAGUAAGAAACACAUACAGAAAUACAAUAUUCUCUCAGUACCCCGAUAUAUUGAUAUGUUUAUGGUAAAUAUGUUUUAAUAUCUGUGCGCACUGAAAUCUUCACCAGAUUCCAAAUGUUGGGGCCGUUUAAUAUGAUUUUAAAUAGUUUAAUUAUCAACACAUUAUGGGUUUUCAUAGAGCUGUUAGAUAAUCAGUGCUGAAUCUGUGUUUAUAAUGAUCGAGACCGGUCCACGUGUAAAUCACUGAUGUGCUGUUUCGUGUUUGGACCGUUUCAUAUUUCUCAUACAGAACAAUCAGAGAGUCCGCCUCUUGUGAAGUUUGAUCACACUGUUAGGAAAAAUGGUCACAAAAUUAGUCGCAGUCUGGAGUCCGGAUUUAUUUUGUGAAUUUGAUCAUUUUCCACGGCCGGAGUUGGGGAGUAACGGAAUACAUGUAACGGGAUUACGUAUUUAAAAUACGAAAUAUAAGUAACUGUAUUCCACUACAGUUACAAUUUAACAGUUACAUUCAAAAAGUAUUUUAUUGUCAUUUGUUUCAUUUAAUAUUUAGUCCUUUCAGAUGGAAAACAUUUAUACAUAUAAAUGAUGUGAUCCAAAGUGCAUUUGAACAGCGGUGAAACACUUUCUUAUGAUGUGUUACAUUCAUACGAGCAGACAGAGAAGUACGUUUGAAGUAAGUUUGGAGCAGAAGAAAUAGAAAUAAACCUUGUGUAAAUGGUCAGCUUUACGCUAAGAUAAAAUGCUAUUUCUGGCCAUUUUAUAUGCACAUGUUACCAGACACGAUCAUAUUUUUAUAUCAAGAAAAUUCACGUUGGAUCAUAAUGCUUUUUCUAGUAAGAUCUUUGAUAUUAGGGCAAAAAUCAUAUUCUUGUAUGGUAUAUAUCUGAGGGAACAGCGGAGCCACACCUGCAGCUGGUCUCCGGUGACCCGAGCGGUGACCUUUGACCAACAUUCCACCCAGACUGACUCCGGUGAAGACGGAUGAGGAUGAUGAUUUUCCAGAGGAUUUCACCUUCAAAUGUGGAUGUAGGGGUGUUUUCAUGAGUCAAAUGAUUCAUUUAAUAAUUAAAUACCCGGAAAAUUAGCAGUAUAUUUUUUUCAUUUCACCUUACCUGUAGGUAACUUAAAUUCAAGAGUAAUGACAUAUUACAUAUUUAACAUGAGUAAAAAUCCCGCCUCAUGUCGGACUCGCUGUGUGCGCUGCUUCUGUAAGUUUAAAGGCCCAAACAUACUUCGCGCAAGUACACAGACGUGAUCGCCAACACGUGGUCCCGUUAUACAUACAUUACGUGCAGUCAUGUGUUGCUCUGGCACUUACAAACCUUGGACCUUAGGGGUGAAAGAGCUUUUUAGGUGCCAAGAAACCGGUGGGGUGGAGUCAACAUGUGGACAGUUGUGGAGUGUGUGCUUUUGCAUUUGCUGAAAAGACGACAGAAAAAUAUGUUUAUAUCAUCUAACUUGUUCGGCAAGACUCUCCUCAGAUUGCUGCUCCGCCAUGACAGUUGUUGAUUGAAGAAAGAAAUCCGCUGUAGCGCCCCUUGCGGUAACUGAGAAUACAGCACAUACUUGCGCAACUAUGCAUGAAAUUGAGCUUUCAUAGCAAUAUGCGUAUGCAUUCACGUACUUACGUACAGUAUGUUUUGGCCUUGAUGUUUUUUGCUCCAGAGGGAAAUUAAUGUCACUUGCACCCAUUGAAAAAAGUAAUCCAUACAUCUCCAGUGGUUUAAUCCAUGUCUUCAGAAGGGAUCCAGUUGGUUUUGGGUGAGAACAGACCAAAAUAAAACUCCCUUUUCACCGCACAUCUUGCCAUUGCAGUCUCUACACACGAUCAUGAUUUCAAGCUCGAUUACACGUCCUGGUGCGUGACGCAUGCACAGAGCGCUAGAUGGUGCUAUAGGAAGUGUAAUCGAGCUUGAAAUCAUGAUCGCCAAGCAGACUGCUGUCAAGAUGUACAGUGAAAAAUCAUUUAAAUAUUGAUGUUUCUCACCCACACCUAUCAUAUCUCUUC